AUGUCUGACGACCCAGACUUUCUGCGCAACUUGGAUCCUCGUCUUCAUCCUCAGGCGUCGGAUGCAAACCACAUAAACAACUCUACUCAAUCAUACAUCCUCAACGACAGCCACCCCACGGUGGCAUCGUCGGGAGAGCCCUUCGGCCACCCCGUCGAGGUCGGUGGCGCCACCGCCUCAAUGGCCUGCAUCGAUACUGAGGAAUCUGCUCAGGCUCAGAGCACCAUGCAUGCCGGCAUGGAGCCUCCUCCCGCAUACCCAACAGUAUCCAGCGCGAGUGCCCAUAUGGUCUACCAGUCCCCGGCGUCGUUGAACACGGGCAACCACAGCACCCUAAUCGAAAGAGCGGGCCCGGACCGUUCUCCGCCUGGCGUUUCCCAUACACCACCGAUCUUCAGCGACGCGUCGGGCACCGGAUCGCCAGUUCUGCCCCCCUUCAUGGUUCUCUGGGACUGGAUGGAGAGUGAGGUACUUCCGCACUUGCCGCAGGAGGAGCGCAAUGACUUUCACCGUCGUCUUGAGCAAUACGAUUUCCGCCCGCCUUCGGAUUUCAUUGUGAGCGCCAUCGGCAGGGGUUUAGAC